AUGCCUCGUCAUGCAUUCUACCUCGACUUUUCGACUGCCAUUCGCAAGGCCCUCUCUACCGUGCCUCUUCUCCUUACAGGCGGCUUCCGCUCACGCAAGGGAAUGGAGGCAGCUCUCAAGGGUGGGUGCUGUGAUUUGGUUGGACUUGCACGACCGUCGGUGUUAUCCCGCCAAGUUCCAAAUCAGUUGAUCUUUGAAUGA